UCAAUAUUAUGGCUUCACGAUAUCAGCUGCUAAGCGUGCUCGUGGCCCGACUCGAGGCAAAGAGGUUUAAGGCCUUGUUGAUAAAGAUGGAAAGCUUAGCGUGCCUAUCCCUCCAGAAUUUCGUGCACCGAUAGGGGACUAUGCCUCAAAACUAGCCUCAAAGAUUGGUGUAGAAGUGCGGACUCGUUUACCAAAUCCAAGUGUUCGUAGGUGGAAGUAUGUUGAUGCCUCCGUUAAGGAGGCGAUGUUUCAACGCUUGAAUGAUCAAUUUGAUUUACAAGGAGACCUUGUUGAUAUAGAGAAGACAAUGAACACAAAAUUUGGUCAGAGAUUGAGUAACCAUACCUAUAGGCUGCACAAACAAUUCAUGGAGCUGAAGGAGGCUAAAGGGGAGGAGUAUGCAAGAAACCACCCACCAAAGAAUGUCGAUCCUACCAAGUGGAUAGAUCUUAUUGAUAAAAAGUGGAACACUAAAGAAUUUCUGGAACAAUCAAAGGCCUACAUCGCGAACAGAGAAAGGAUGUAUACAAAACAUAGGUGUGGUUCUAGGUCAAUCCCUGUUAGAGUAGAAAAACUGGCACGAGAAAAGAAGAUGCUACCUGAUCUAGCAGAGUUGUACAAGGAAACUCACUAUAAUGAGAAAACACAUGAGUGUAUCUCAUCUCAAGCUCAGUGUAAUUAUGAAAAUAUGAUACAGACACGGCUGAUCACCUCUCACAGCCAGGAUCAACCCCUUUGA